AUGAGCCGUCGCAGUGUUGACACACUCUUCCGUUCUUUAUUGCACAGUCGUGUCGUUCCAUCUACAUCGGCCAGCUGCCCAGUGCAGCGCCCGCAAAGCAGAAGUUGGACGUCAUGGAGAUAUUCCUCUUCCUCCGCGGCCAAAUCGCCACUUGCCUCCUCCUCUGACUCGGCUGCCAGCAGCUCGUCCAACGACCAUCGAUCCAUAGGGAAAGCGCAGACCCUCUUUCUCACACACGAGUCGUCUCCAGGAACGCCGUUCAUCCUGCCUCAUGGUAUGCGGUUAGCACGGAAGGUCGAGCGAGUAGUCCGGGAUCUGUACGACGUAUACGGCUAUGAUGAGGUCCAAUCACCGCAGCUCUACAAAACCUCGCUAUGGAAACGGUCCGGUCACUGGGACAACUACCGCGACGACAUGUUUGCUGCUGAAGGAUACAAGGAACGUUUCUCGAGCAGCAUCGAUGACCGCCGAACAUCGUGCUGCUCGAUACACCCUCCCACAUCAGCAACGGAAGCGACAGCUGCAAAUGCAGAAGACGAAUCCUUUGGCUUGAAACCGAUGAAUUGUCCCGGUCACUGCCUGAUCUUUGGCUCGUCCGAACGAUCGUAUCGCGACCUUCCGAUUCGAUACGCCGAGUUCUCGCCUUUGCAUCGAAACGAAGCUUCCGGUGCUUUGACCGGCCUUACUCGUGUCCGUCGGUUUCAUCAGGACGAUGCACACGUCUUUUGUCGACCGGACCAAGUGGCUGUUGAGAUCAACUCGAUGCUGAGCAUGUUGACUUCAGCCUACGACACGUUCGGCUUUAGCGAUUUCGAAUUGGUGCUUUCCACACGCCCCGAAAGUUUCAUUGGUAGUGUGGAAGAAUGGGAUCGUGCGGAGGCUGGAUUGAGGCAAGCGCUGGAUGCUAGUGGCAGGAAAUGGGAGAUGAAUGCUGGCGAUGGGGCGUUCUAUGGGCCCAAGAUCGAUAUUCAUCUGGUGGAUGGUCAAGGACGAAGGCAUCAGACUGCUACGAUUCAACUGGACUUCCAACUUCCUCGACGGUUCGAUCUUUCCUACGCCGAUCCAGCUGCCAAGCAAACCAACGAGCGAAGUGUACCGGUCAUGAUACACCGCGCGAUUCUGGGAAGCGUCGAGAGGUUCAUGGCCAUCCUAAUCGAACAGACCGCUGGCUGGUGGCCAUUCUGGCUUUCUCCGCGACAGGCCAUCAUCAUUCCUGCCACUACCAAUAAUCCGGCCCUGACAGAGUACGUCGAGAAGCUGCACAAGUUUCUCUCUCUAGGCAUCCACCCGGACGCACCACCCUCAUCUUCAUCCGAACGCCACCUCCAGCGCUUCUUUGUGGAUGUCGAGUCGAACCCUCAAAACGAAAAAUUGGGCAAGUUGGUCAGAAAAGCUCAAUUGGCAAGGUACAACUACAUCCUCGUUGUGGGAGAGAAAGAGAUGCAUACAAACACGAUCAACGUAAGAAAGAGAGACGACAAGGCUGCGCCAAACAGGUUGAGGGAAUUGGCCAGACAGCAAGCGGAACCAGAGCGAAAACAAGUUGGCCAGUUCCAAGCCACCGAUUUGCGGGAAUUGUUUUGCCGCCUAGACUCGAGUCAUUCUUGGUAA